AGACACAUUCAAAGCUCAAGGCAACAGAGGAGGGAAGAAGAAGUGCUGCUCGCCUCUACCAGCAUAAAAGAUUACAACUGCAACAACUGCAACUGUUAAACCUUGACGGUGUAUUUUAGCCUGAGAAACAGCCUCCUAAAAGCCUUUGAAAAAAUGUCUCAAAUCUCAGUGGUGGUUUUUGUGGUCUUCCUUGCCAUCAUUACCAUGUCAGAGGGCAUGAGUUUGAGAGGCCUUGGAGUGGAGCCUCGCUGUCGCUGCAUCGAGGCGGAGCGCCAACGGAUCGGAAGACUGAUUGAGAGUGUGGAGCUCUUUCCUCCCACUCCUCACUGUGAGGACACAGAGAUCAUUGCAACCCUUAAACGCACCGGUCAGGAGAUCUGUCUGGACACCACCGCCCCUUGGGUUAAGAAGGUCAUUGAAAAGAUCCUUUCCAACAGAAAACCAUGAAACAAUGAACAGUAUUUUGCUGAAGAAGACUUUUCCAGUCCUGGUUCCUGAAUCAUGUUGCAUUUCCACGUCCAGCAACCAAAACCACUAGAGCACCACACGUGGAGUCAGCAUGCAGCUAUUACAAGUGUUUGGAUGCAGACCACAACAAGAUACCAGAUUUUCAAAUCUUAAUAUUUAAAUGUAUUUAUGAAGGUUAAUUGCUAUUCAUAUUUAAGUAUUUAUGUUCCUAUGGACUUAUGUCACUUUUAUUGUUUGUCUGUAUGGGUAAAAACCAAGUUGUCCUGUGUUCUAGCAGGCUUUAGAUUGCACUUUUGUAUUUUAUUGCAAAUUAAAUGUAUUAAGAAUA